CUGUGUUCCCUUUACUGUUGUCUCUGGAGAGUCCUUGGGAAGGUAUAGGGGUGGAGACCCUCUCCUUUUUCACAUUGACCUUCAAUUCCAGAACUUCAGAGCUGACUGGCACAGAGCCAGAUAUGGGUGGAGUAGAGAAUGAGGGAGUAAGGAGCAGAGAGGUAAACUAUAGAAGAUUCUUUUAUUUUAAUUUUUUCUUUUAGAGACAGGCUCUCUCUCUCUGUUGCCUAGGCUGGAAUGCAGUGGAACAAUCAUAACUCACUGCAACCUUGACCUCCUGGGCUCAUGCAGUCCACCUUGGCCUCCCAAGUAGCUGGGACUACAGGCAUGCACCACCGUGCCUGGCUAAUUUUUGUAUUCUUUGUAGAGGCAGAGUUUCACUAUGUUACUCAGGCUGGUCUCAAACUCCUGAGCUCAAGCAGUCUGCCCACCUCAGCCUCCCAAAGUGCUGGGAUACAGGCAUGAGCUGCCAUGCCCAGCCUAAUUUUUAAACUUUUUUUUUUUUAAAGAGACAAGGUUUUGCUAUGUUGUUUAAGCUGAUCUCAACCUUCUGGCCUCAUGCCAUCAUCCCACCUCAGCCUCCCAAAGUUCUGGGAUUACAGGCAUGAGCUGCCAUGCCCAGCCUAAUUUUUAAACUUUUUUUUAUAGAGACAACGUUUUGCUAUGUUGUUUAAGCCGGUCUCAACCUUCUGGCCUCAUGCCAUCUUCCCACCUCAGCCUCCCAAAGUGCUGGGAUUAAAGGCAUGAGCCACCACACCUGGCCAUGUGGAGGAUUCUGAGGCUAAAAGUGGAAAGGAGCUGCUAACCAGAAAGCCCCCCAGAGGAGACAGAGUCAGCUGGGGAAUCAGAACAUCCAUAUCCACUCAGCUCCUCUAACAGCCCAGAGACAAUCUUUGAACUUUACUAAUGUACAAAAAUUUCUUCAUUUCUGCUUCUCAAGCCCGGAAUUCCCAUGGCUGGAAGAAGGGGGCUUGUAAACCCAAGAGACCUCUUAUCCUCAAGAAAGAAAGAUAGAGUUUCUAGGAGCCAUUUUAGCCUAUUAAUUAACCCACCUGCCAUCUGCCCAGUAUAUGUUAGGUAAGGAGGAGAGGGAGAUGUGGCUAGUGCAGGAAAAUGAUGCAAAGAAGAUACAGCCCAGUGAGCCAAGAAUGUGGGGACAUGUACAGCUAUGCCUCUUCCCCUGCUUCCCUUCCCGGAGGAGCUGAAAGAUGGGGAAUUCCUGAGAUGGAUCUAAAGGGGCUGGGCUCCCUAGUUGAAGUGGUGGGAGUAUUAGACUGGUGUAGCUUGGUCUCCUAGUCCAUACUAAAAAGCCUGAUAGCCUUUCUUAGGAUGAGACCUUUAGGCUCCUAGACUAGGGCACUCUCCCAGGAGGAAAAUCUCAGGCCCUCCCUCUCAUGAGGGUCAUUGCAACAGGAGACCAAAGGGAGUUGUGAAGUCAGCCCCAGCCCCGCCUACUGUUCCUGGGUGCUAAUCCCCAAUACAGACCACUCAGGAAGAGGGAUUGGCUGAAAGCUUGGAGACGGGGUGUCGUCACCAGACCCAAAGGUUAAAUAGGGGUUCAGACAAGAUGCUCAGGAGAAACGCUUUCUUUCGCGGGCUCCCCGAGCCAGACCAUGACCCAGACCCUCAAGUUCGCCUCCAGAGUGUUCCAUCGCGGACGCUGGGUGCCCGAGUUGGGCGCCUCCUUAGGCUACCGAGAGUACGACUCUGCGCGCCGGAGUUUGGCAGACAUCCCAGGUCCCUCUACGCCCAGCUUUCUGGCCGAACUUUUCUGCAAGGGGGGACUGUCGAGGCUACACGAGCUGCAGGUGCAGGGCGCCGCACGCUUCGGGCCAGUGUGGCUGGCCAGCUUUGGGACAGUGCGCACCGUGUACGUGGCUGCCCCUGCCCUCGUCGAGGAGCUGUUGCGACAGGAGGGACCCCAGCCCGAGCGCUGCAGCUUCUCGCCCUGGACCGAGCACCGCCGUCGCCGCCAGCGGGCUUGUGGGCUGCUCACCGCGGAAGGCGAAGAAUGGCAAAGGCUCCGCAGUCUCCUGGCCCCGCUCCUCCUCCGGCCUCAAGCGGCAGCCCGCUACGCCGGAACCCUGGAUUAUGUGGUCCGCGACCUUGUGAGGCGUCUGAGGGGCCAGCGGGGACGUGGCACGGGGCCGCCCGCCCUGGUUCGAGACGUGGCGGGGGAAUUUUACAAGUUCGGACUGGAAGGCAUCGCCGCGGUACUGCUCGGCUCGCGCUUGGGCUGCCUAGAGGCGCAAGUGCCGCCCGACACGGAGACCUUCAUCCGCGCGGUGGGCUCGGUGUUUGUGUCCACGCUGUUGAUCAUGGCGAUGCCCCAGUGGCUGCGCCACCUUGUGCCCGGGCCCUGGGGCCGCCUCUGCCGAGACUGGGACCAGAUGUUUGCAUUCGCUCAGAGGCACGUGGAGCUGCGAGAGGCUGAGGCAGCCAUGAGGAACCGAGGACAGCCCGAGGAGGACCUGGAAACUGGGGCGCACCUGACCCACUUCCUGUUCCGGGAAGAGUUGCCUGCUCAGUCCAUCCUGGGAAAUGUAACAGAGUUGCUACUGGCGGGAGUGGACACGGUGUCCAACACACUCUCCUGGGCUCUGUAUGAGCUCUCCCGGCACCCCGAAGUCCAGACAGCACUCCACUCCGAGAUCACAGCUGCCCUGGGCCCUGGCUCCAGUACCCACCCCUCAGCCACUGUUCUGUCCCAGCUGCCCCUGCUGAAGGCGGUGGUCAAGGAAGUGCUAAGACUGUACCCUGUGGUACCUGGAAAUUCUCGUGUCCCAGAUAAAGACAUUCGUGUGGGUGACUAUAUUAUUCCCAAAAAUACGCUGGUCACUCUGUGUCACUAUGCCACUUCAAGGGACCCUGCCCAGUUCCCAGAGCCAAAUUCUUUUCGUCCAGCUCGAUGGCUGGGGGAGGGUCCCACCCCCCACCCAUUUGCAUCUCUUCCCUUUGGUUUUGGCAAGCGCAGCUGCAUGGGGAGACGCCUGGCAGAGCUUGAAUUGCAAAUGGCUUUGGCCCAGAUCCUGACACAUUUUGAGGUGCAGCCUGAGCCAGGUGCGGCCCCAAUCAGACCCAUGACCCGGACUGUGCUGGUGCCUGAGAGGAGCAUCAACCUACAGUUUUUGGACAGACAGUCCUGUAGAAAGAGGCUGUCAUCAUCAUCCUUUCCCUCAUCAUAGGGACAAGAUCUUUUGUGGGCACAAGACCAAGAGAUACAUCUUCCGCUAAGGCCUAUCUGGCCAAACUGGGUAGAAUGACCAUAGCAAAGUACUGGAGGCGGUCCUGGUCCCCACCAAGUGUGAAGUAUGCACUUGGCCUGACUCAGUAGGCCCGAAGAAUACCAUGGUCUCCCUCCUUGCUCAGCCCUUCUGAUCACGUAUGCAUCCUCCAAGGAUGAAAUCAGAUUUUAGCUAAUAAUGCUGGAUGGCCUGAGAAAGAUUCAACUGCCGCUCUUUUGGGGCUUCCACAGUGUUCAUUGAUGCUGCUGGCUAAGCAUUUAUCACAGCAUAAGCUCAGUAACUCUGCAUCUGGUCGGUACCCAGUGGUUCUUCCUCAUUGCAUGUGAGCUUUUUGAGAGGAAGGGUGAAGCCUUAUUUGUUUUUUAUGUCCCCUCCCAGGGCCUGUCUCUGAUGAGGUGAUACCAUACACAUUCUUGGAUUGAAUCUGGACCAUGUGGCAGAAGGGAUAAGCAGCUUAGCAGGCUCUGUCUACCCCCUUCCUUAUUUGUCCUGCCCCUAGAAGGUGAAACUGUCCUAGCCUGGUUUACAAUUUCUUACAACUCUCCUUUGCUCUCUGGCCACUAUUAAGUGGGUCUGCCCCAACACUUGGUUCUCAGGCAGAGACGUCUUUGGUCCUGUCCCUGCCCAGACCUCUGGCUUUUUUAUAUUGAAAAAUUUUAAAUAUUCAUAUAUUUUAAAAUAAAAACAUCAAAUAUUCAUUCUUG